AUGACGACCGCAUCCCCGUCGCAGGUGCGCCAGAACUACCACCAGGACUCGGAGGCCGCGAUCAAUCGCCAGAUCCACCUGGAGCUCUCCGCCUCCUAUGUGUACCUGUCCAUGUCGUACUAUUUUGACCGCGAUGAUGUGGCUUUGAAGAUCUUUGCCAAGUACUUUCUUCACCAAUCUCAUGAGGAGAGGGAACAUGCUGAGAGACUAAUGAAGCUGCAGAACCAGUGA